UGCAAUUCUUCGUUGCCGUGGAUUGGAGCGGUGCGUGGUCACACUAAUGCUUGCAUUUUUUUUGUCUGUGGAAAUUUCAUUUCACAAAAACCGAGAUAGUUAAAUUAACCAAAUUAUAGCGUUUCAGAUCGAAAUAACAAUAGCAGCAAUAUGCUGCAGUUAAAUAUAAUUUUUAUUGAACACGCUGACGUAUACGUUUAAACCGCAACUCGAUGCCCAACCUAUAAACAAUCGACGCCCGACGCCUUUUCACCACGAACCACCCAAUCUACACAAGCCGCCCACUCGACAAACAGCCGGAGGAAGAGGAGGAGGAGGAGGAGGAAGGAGGAGGAGCACCACCACCCCAAGUGGUGGCCACCUGCUGCUCCAUUAGCUCCACUAGCUCCACGAACAAUGAAGGUGGACACGGUGAAGCUGAAGAAGGGCUCCUCGGAGCUCACCGCCGAGUGCCGCGAGCUCAUCGACGAGCUCACCAAGCGGCGGACGCGGGCCGAGCUGCUCGAGUUCCUCGACACCAUCCACGUCUGGAUCUACGGCAAGUGCGAGCUCUACCACUGGAUCGAGAUCCUCGACCGGUUCGACAAGAUCCUCGAGGAGGCGUCGCGCCAUGUCAACGCCAACGAGUUCGUGCUGCAGUGCGACACCAAUUUCCAGGAAACGGAUGUCACACUGCUGUUGCACGUUCUUAACUUCACCACACUGCUGAUCGAGCACUCGUUCUCGCGGCACCUCUACAACUCCAUCGAACACCUGACGGUGCUGCUCUCCUCCCAGAACAUGGACAUCGUCCUGGCCGUCCUCAAUCUGCUGUACAUGUUCUCCAAGCGCAGCAACUUCAUACCCCGCCUGCCGUUCGAGAAGAAGGAACUGCUGAUUGUCAAGCUGUUUAACAUAGCCGAGCGCUGGGGCGAUCCCAACUACGGACUGUCGCUCAAGGACUGCUGCAUUGGCGAGCCGAAGCUGGAAUUCCUUUACCAGCUGUGCAUCGACUAUGUGGACGAGCACGGUCAUGCCGCCCAGCUGGAAAUCCCGGACAUGAUGGACCUCUGCCACACGGCGUCCGCGCCCGAGGUGAUCAAGACGAUUGCCGGACAGAUCUCAAAGCCCAGCGAGGCAAUCAAGAUGCGCAUUGCUCAUCGGGUGCGCUUGAUCUCAGGCUUCAACAACUACAAGCUGCGCCUCCAGUUCGUCCAGGCUCGCCUGCAGGCCGUCUCCAUUCUGAUCUACUCGAAUGCCCUGCAGGACAACACGGACAAGGUGCUGUAUGCCGGCUUCGGCGAGGAGCUGUGCGAGCUGAUCGACAAGGAGGACGUGCAUCUCGUGGAGAUACGGGCGGCAGUGCUGCGCACACUCACCUCGAUGCUGCACUUUGACCGCAAUCCGAAUGUGCCCAGCAGGGCCGGUUCGCGACUGAUGAAGAUCGUUCACUACACAGGAGCCGAGCGGCAGGGCGGCACUUUGCCACUGCUGGUGCGCGACUGCAUUGAUAAUUUAACCACCCAUGGACUCACCGAACGCUACCCGCUCAUCCUGGCCACGUCACUCUUCUCGCUGCUCUACCAUUUGGCCAGCUACGAAAUGGGCGGCUCUGCUCUGGUCAAAAGCGGCAUGAUGCAGUCCCUCCUGUGCGUCAUCAGCUGGCCGGGAGUCGACCUCGAGCACAUUACGUUCGUGACGCGGGCGGUGCGGGUGAUCGACCUGAUAACCAACAUAGAUAUCGCACGGUUCCAUCAGAACAACGGACUCAACGUGUUCAUUGACCGUCUGGAGAAGGAGAUCAAGAGCUGCUGCAAGGCACUGGCCGACAUUGGCAUCACGCUGAAGGAGUCGACGCUGCGCGAUGACCACAAGUUGGAUAACUCGCUGGAGCAAGUGGACGAUGAUGUGGAAGAGACCGGAGAGAACACGUCCGUGGCCAGUGGAGGUGGAUCGCCGCGUCGCGAGAACUCGAGUGACGGGCUCACCGGUGCCGGGAGCAGCGCCUACAGAGCCUAUCACGAGCACAGUGGAGGAGGAGCGGGCUCAGGAGCGGGACUCCUGGACAUUGGUGGAGCACGCAGCGCAGGAGGAGGAUCAUCGGGUGGUGCUUCAGCCGCACCGAUCAUUGGAUUAAUCAACCGGGACGGAAGUGCCGCUCGUCCGCCGGCCAUCAUGUACCCCACAAACAGUUACUACGCCCGUCCGCUGGCCGAGCGCAAGGCGGAGCUCUCCUCGCAGCUGCCGAGCAGCCUGGCGCCGAAGAAGCCCUCCUGCGUCACCCAGCGGGCGGCGCUGCUCAAGUCGAUGCUGAAUUUCCUGAAGAAGAGCAUCCAGGAUCAUGCGCACUUUAGCAACAUGCGCAACAUCAUGGAGACCAGCUUAACGCAGUCGCUUCGCCACAUCAUAGCCAAUGCGGAGUACUACGGGCCGUCGCUCUUCCUGCUGGCCACCGAUGUGGUCACCGUGUACGUGUUCAACGAGCCCUCGCUGCUCUCCUCGCUGCAGGAUCUGGGCAUCACGAGUGUCAUGCUGAAGGCGCUGCUCCAGAAGGAUGUGCCGGCCACGCGGGAAGUGCUGGGCUCCCUGCCGAAUGUCUUUUCCGCCCUGUGCCUGAAUGAGCGUGGCCUUUUUGAGUUCCUCUCCUAUGAUCCUUUUGACAAGGUGCUGAAGGUGCUGCUCUCGCCGGACUAUCUGGUGGCCAUGCGCAGGCGCCGCUCCUCGGAUCCGCUGGGCGAUACGGCCACCAAUUUGGGCAAUGCCAUGGACGAUCUGAUCAAGCAUCAUCCGUAUUUGCGAGCCGAUGCCACGGAGGCGAUUGUGAGGCUUUUGAAUGAGCUGGUUCGCCUUGGUUCCGAUCCCAGUUUCAUUUGCUGGCGGGCCAACAAGGAGAGCAGUGGCUCUGGCUCGGGUUCAGGCAGCCAUGGCGGCGGCGGUUCGCAUCACGUGGCCUCCACACCCUCGCCCAUGGCCGUCAUGGUGGCUGGCUCGGGAGGAUCGACGUCGGUGCUCCAGGGAGCCGCGGAUACGAACGACAGCAGCGGCGACGAUGACGACGAUGAUGAUGAAAUGAGCUCGGCUUCGCAGCAACAGCAGCAAAGUGGAGGAGCCACCACACCCAGGACGCAACAACCAGGAGGAGGAGUAGCCACCCCGCAGGCCGUCAAGGUGGUGACGCCCCCGGAACGAGAGGCAAUACCCCUAAUCGACUAUAUCUUGAAUGUGAUGAAGUUCAUCGAGGCGAUUUUCAGCAACAGUCCGAAUGGCGAUCACUGCCGGGAGUUUGUCCUCCACGGCGGACUAAAGCCCAUUCUGCAACUGCUGUCGCUGCCCAAUCUGCCGGUGGAUUCACCCGUUUCCACCACCUCACAGGCGGUGGCCAAUGUCUGCAAGGCCAUACUCAGCCAGGCGCAGGAAACGAAGGUUCUCGAUGUGGCGCUCAAGCAGCUGGCUGAUAUUGUGGCCCAGCUGAAGCCGCUGAUCAAGCACUUUACCUUUCCCGGCGGCAGUGUCCUCCUCGCAGAGCUCGUCUGCUGUCAGCGGCUGGAGGAUGGCUUCGCCAAUGCCGAAUACACACCGAUACUGCACAACAUGAGCUUUGUGCACGGCUAUGUGGUGAUGCUGGUGCAUCUCUGUCGCAACGCCUCCAACGACAUGCGAGCGAUUCUGCUCAAGCGUUGGGGCGUCAAUCGCGAGACUGGAGUGCAAUUGCUGCAGCAGCUGGUCCAGCUGUACAUUUCGCUGGUGUGGGAGAGCACCAUACUGCUGAAUCUCUGCUCGGAUGAGCCCACCCAGCAUCCGGAUCUCAUUUGGGACGAGAUUGCGGCCCAGAUGUCGGCGGCAGCGGGCACCGCGGAUCCCCUGACCGAAGCGGAGCUCUCGCGGAAGCUGGAGCGUGCGGCGGAAUUCCGGACGAAGUACUCGCCCGAGGAGCAGUUCCGGUACAUCAAAUCCCUGCUGGCGGCGAGCUCUCGGCUCGGCAGGGCGCUCGCCGAGCUGCUGGGCACGCUGGUGAAGCUAUCGGUGGGUUCGCCGCAGACGCGACAGCGACGCAUCAACGAUCUGAUCAGCAAUAUCAACAAAGUUCCUACGCCCGAGGCUCGCGAAAUAGCCCGCAUCCUCAGCUCGAUUCUGGUGAAUGGCUUCAGUCACGAGAGCAUUCUACCGAAGCCUGUGCCCAAGUUGAAGCUCACCUUCCUCAUCUGCUCGGUGGGAUUCACCGGUCCAAUGCUGUUCGACGACAAGCGCAGCGCCUUUCACCUGAUGAUAUCGCAAUUCUGCGCAGAGAAUGGAUUGAAAGCCUUCUUUGAGAUGUUCUACUGGGCGCUGUCGCUGGAUAAUGUCUCGCAGAAGUUCGAUUUCGAUCAGUGGGCCUCGAUGGAGGAUCUGAUGCAGUCGCACGAGGACGACAAGCGCGAUUGCCCCGAGGGCACGGGCGAGUUUCUCGACGCCUGGCUGCAGCUGCUCGAGAAGAUGGUGAAUCCGCGUGCCAUGCUCGAUUCGCCGUAUACGAUGAGUCCGCGGCUGAAUUACCUGCCCGAUUCGGUGCCCUUCGAGCCGGUCUUUUACCUCAUUCACAUCCACCAGCUGGCCAUGCAGGCACUGCGCAGGAUCUGGGCACGUCGCCCGAUUCCCAACUAUGGACCCAGUAUGUUCGAGACCAUGAUACUGAUCCUGAAGCAUCUGAUCAAGUCGCAUCAAACGCUGCUCGAUCGCUAUCACACGCGGAUGAAGGAGAUCAAGUUCGAGAACCUCUACAUCCGCAGCACGGACGAUGGCCUAAAUGCGGAUCACAUCAAGACGCUGACGGACAUGGGCUUCAUGCAUUACCACGUUAUUGAGGCUCUCCGCACGAAUGCCUCGCUGGAGGAGGCCACCGAUUAUCUGCUGAAUAACCCAGAAGCCAGUGCUUUGUCCACAACGACUGGUGGUUCUGCUGCUCCUCCGCCGCCGCCACCGCCACCGCCUUCCACCAUGGACAUUGACAUGGAUUUGCCAGCGGAUGGGGGAGAGAAAUCUAGCUCUAGUUCGGCGAACUCCAGCUAUGACUACAAGCACCUCAAACUGAUGCCGUCGAUCAUCUUCGAUCGCUUCUGCGACGAGGCCAUUUCGCGGGCCUUUGAGUUCAUGGAGGCCAUUCCGGAUACGGUGAACAGUGCCGCAGAUCUGAUAGCCGUGCUGUAUAGACGCCACAAUCACCUGAACAAGCAGGUCUUUGUGACCAACUUUGUGCGCAACAUUAUCCAGUGGGUGGACUUUACCCUGCAGCUCUUUGAACCAUCGAAAACGGCAGCGUCGAAGGCUUCGCGGUUGGAGGAAUGCUUGACGGGAUUGACGGCCACCCGGUUGUUUGUGCGGCUCAAGACAUCGACGCGGCUGCUCGAGGAGAACUACAGUGAUUUGCAUCGUCCGCUGGUGGAGGCAAUAACCGCCCAGGAUGCCAUGGUGUCGCUGGUCAAGCUGCUCGACUGCAUGAGCCAGUGGAUGCUGGAGCAAUCAGUGGAUUCUAGGGCUACGGUCCCCCGAUGGGUGCAGAACCUGGUGGAUCUAAUCGAUUCGAUCGACAGCAUCAGCCACAUUCUGCAGCGCAAGGCCAACAUGCGGGCGGUGAGCAGCGAGGUGUGGCGCUGGUACGACGCCUCCACGGGCAAGUGGAAUGCCUAUUCGGAGGCCAACAAUGAGCUCAUUCGGAAUGCCUAUGCCGCCGGCGAGCGGUGGCUGCACAUUAACAUCGGCAGGCAAAGGUGUACGGUGAGCCUGAACUGCAUGACGCAGGUGAGCGAGGCAUCCGGCACACAUCGUCCUGUUUGUCCGGCUCUCAAGCUCAGUGAAGCCAUCACUGCGCUCAACAGUCCCGUGUCGCUGCACAAAGUGGAGCAUCUGCUGAACCGCGUGGUGCGAACCUCACCCGAUGGCUCGGGAACCGUGCAUUCCGACGAAUUGAUUUCCCUGCGCCAGCUGAUCAACUUUUCGGAUGGUCAGCAGCCGCAGGAGAACCCGGCGAAUGAAGAGGGAACAAAUGAAGAUAGUGGAUCUCCUCUGGCCGCCAUGACCACGCGCAGCAAGUCGCGGCAAAAGAGCGCCGCCGCUGCAGCCGCUGCCCAGAAGAAAUCCUCGUCGCAUGGCUCACCGCCCAUACCCAAACGCACCCAGAAGAUCAUACUCAACGAGGAGCAGGUGGGACUGAGUAAAUUCGACUGCGGUCGGAUAAUUGGCAGCAUUGUGGAUCUCCUGCAGCCUUCGCAUCUCAUGCUCAACGAAACGAAGCUUUCGCUGCUGCGGCUGUGUGCAAGAUUAACCCGAAACUACGACAAUGCCCAGGUGUUCAUCCGGCGGGGCGGCGUUAAGAUGCUGCUGCAUCUGCAGCAGGCCUGCAGCUUCAUGGGCUUCCCCACCUAUGCGAAUAUCAUACUGCGUCACGUGCUCGAGGCGCCGCCGGUGCUGCAGGAGGCCAUGGAACGAGUGCUGGGCAUGCGGGCAGCCGGCAUUGUGCCCGUGGGGCAUCGGGAUCUAAUCUAUGUACUCACCCAGGUAUCCUCAGCGGUUUCGCGCAAUCCGCAGAUCUUUGUGGCCGCCGCCAAGGAGAUGCUCAAGGGAGAGUACCUCCUGAACACGAACAGCACGACGCUGGCGGACGAUGCGCGGGUGAUGGUCAAGUCCAAGUUUGGUCAACAACCGACGGCAGCGGCUGGCGGAGCCACGCCAAAUUCGCAGACGUCCACGCCGCCGGAUGAGCAGCUCAAGGACGAUCCCCAGGUUCAGUCAUCGGUGGCUGUGCUUAAGGAUCUACUGCAUGGAUUGGUGCAGCCCUGCUGGCACUACGGCGGCACGGGAUCCUUGGAUCGCGGCCCUGGCGCCGCCGAGCUGCUGCAACCGGACCAGCCACCGGGAACGGCCGCCCAGGGAGGCCACGACGAGGAGGAAACCCCCGCACCUGCGAGCAGCAAGAAGCAAUCCUCAGGAGGAGGAGCAUCUGCUGGGCAGCCACAGACGACGGAGAAGUUCGAGCCCUGCUGCUGCACGUGGCACAUCCCGACCAGCGGCCACACGCACGCCAAGCCGACCAUUUCGCGGGCGACGCUGCUCAAGCUGCUGGCGGAUUCAACGAGGGCCUAUCAGUCUUUAGUGCCCCGCGUGCUGCUAUCCCACAUUUACACGCCCGCCGACAGUCCGCUGAUCUCGGCGCCGCAGCAGACGUUCCUGGGCGUCCUCCUCGAUCGCUUUCUGCCCAUCACGCAGCGGCAUCAUGUGCCCGAGGUGAGCACGAUGACGAGGGUGCUCAUUUGCUCCCUUUCUGACUGCUACCAGCAGCCGGGAGUCCAGGUCCAUGUGGCCGAGGAGCUGCACGCGGCGGUGGCCAGGGCUUUGGCCCAACCGGACUCGGCGGAGAAGCACACGCGACUCCAGGUGCUGAUGAGCCUGUUUCCCAAUCUCAUCGAGUCGCCGAUGCUGUACGAUAAGGUGCACAUGCAUCGCAACAACAUGUACCGAGUGCUGCUGCGCCAGGGAGUGAUGACCUACCUGACCAAGGUGGCCCAGUACAAGGAUCUGUCCAAUCACAACACGCUGAGCACUCUGGCGGCCAUCCUGCGACCCAUGGAGAUCUUGCUGAGGUUUAGUGUGUCCACCACAACGCUCGGAUCGAAGAGGAUUCUCUUUGGCGGCGGCGGCGGAGGAGCUGGCGGAGCAAAUGGAGCAGGGAGCGGGAACAGUGCUGUCGGAGGAGGCAGUGGAACUGGCCCGGGAUCGGGCAAUACAUAUGGAACCAUCAUCAAUCGUCGGCUAUAUCCUCGUUUGGCCGCCCGCACCGCAGUCAGUGCGGCCGUGGAGCGAUCCAAUGCGAUGGGUGGCGAGCAUGUGCUGCGCGACAUUAUACGCAAUGUGCUCUCCGAUCGGCGGCACGCCUUUGAGUUUAUCUUCAACUCGGACGAGAUGGCCGUGGACUCGGAGGACUCGGCUGCCCCGGCGGUGGGUGGUAAUGGAUCGGGAGCAGGCGGAAUAGGAGCAGGAGGAUCAGGAGCAGCCGUCAUCGAUGUGGUGGAGGAGCGCAGCAAUGGCGGGGAUACCAGCGAUCCCCCAGGUAAUGUAAACUCCGGAUCUGGAACGGGCGCAGUUCAAUCUUCAACCAGUGGAGGUCCCGUGCGGCCAGUUCUGAACUUUGACCAGCUGUGGGACGACUUCCUGCAGAGCGAGGGACUGCGAUUGGCCUCGCGGAGCGGCGGAGGCGCGGGAUCUGGAGCAGGAUCCACAGGAGCAGGCUCAACGGGUCAGCAAAACGGUGGCAAUGCCACUGGUGGCUCUGCAAACUCCGGCAGCAAUUCAGUCAGCGGAGAUCCUCGCCUGCGCACCAAUCCCGAUGUGGAUGUGGGCGGCGGUGGAAAUGGCGGUGGUCAGUCAUCCAAUUCGGGUGUGGUAAACGAUAAUGGAAUUGGCGGCGGCGGCGGCAGCGAUGGCGCCUCCACAUCCUCGGACACUGGAGCUCCGGGCGGCGAACGUCGCGAUUUGAAUGCCUCGCUGCUGGGCGAUGUCAGCACCUCGGAAUCCGAUUCGGAUGCCUCCACGGAGAACGACGAGCGGAAUGAGGAGGACGAGGACGAGGAUGACGAUGCCCCCGAUGAAGAUGUGGACGAGCAUAGCGAAACGGAUGUGGAUGAGGAAAGGCCACGUCAAUUUAUCGAGGUCUUUGAUCACAUCUACGAACCGGAAUCCUCGGAAACCGCUUCCAAUGAUGCGGAUGUGGAUAACGACGACGAUGAUGACGAGGAUGAGGACGAUGUGGACGACGACGAUGAUGAUGACGAGGAUAACGACGAUGAGGAUCGCGAGGAGGGCCAGAGUGUCAUGGAUGCCGAGUUGGAGAACCAAAUAGACAUUGCCCUCGCCUUGGUUUCGUCCAACAAUCGUCCGCGACGCAGUGCAGCGGUUAAUGCUUCGGGCGAUGCGUCCGCCAAUCGAGAUCCCAAUCCCGACGAGGAGGUGGACGACGAGGACGACGAUGUGGACGCCGAUCCCGAUGGAGAUCCCGAUGUGGACCCCAUUGGCGGCCCCUCGGCUGCCCAGGCGGAGGCCUAUCUGUACGAGCGACUGGGCAGCGGCCUGAUGCCCACGCCACCGGUGGGUUUCCGCGUCCGCAUGAACAGCUCGAUUGCCCAGCCCCUGGACAUUGAUGUGAAUGGCGGAAAUGGCGGUGGUGGAUCUGGUGGAUCCGGAGCAGGCGUCACUGGAACGGCCGGUGGAUCCGGAAGAGGCUCCUCGUCGGGCGGAACAACGGCCAGUAUUGGAGCCAUUGCCUCCGCUGCCUUGCGUCCCUCGUCCGGUUCUUGGAUGGCGCCGGACUUUAAUUUCAUUGGAGUCUCGGGCGGUGGAGGAGCCAGUGGCUCUGGAGGCGCCUCAGGGAGCAAUGCCAACGGGGGCGAGGUGAACGCCUUCCUCACGCCCGCCAUGUCGCAGCUGGAACGCAGUGGUGGCGCCUCGGGCAGUGGCCAAAACAUGAGCAAUCUGCUGGACGAACAACCGUCGGUCAGUGGCAACGGCGGCGGAGGAGGAGGAAGUGGCGGAGGUUCCGCCUCUGGUAACGGCGGCGUCAGCGGUGGAGGAGGAGCCAAUGGCGGCGGUACCGCAGGACAGCAUCCGAAUGCCACGCUCUGCGCCAACGGAGUGCGCCGGCGGUUGCUCUAUUUGGACCAGCAGUACUGCGUCUGCAUGCCCACGCAUCAGAAUCCCACGGAAGAGACCCAGAUGGAGACGUUCACCCAGGAUGCUCUGCAUUGGUGGCUGGAGGAGGCCACGGUCUUGGAUAUGGAGAGCCAGACUGACGCCUGCCUGUACGCCGCUCACUUCCUGCUGCCGCAUCUCAUCAAGGAGCUGAAGACGGCCCACCAGCAGCGCAAGCAGGAGGAGGCCGCCCGCCAGACGGCCACGAACACCACAACACCUGCAUCAUCGGCUUCGUCUUCGGCCGGAGCUCCGGCGACCUCCAUCCUAUCGAACACAGCGGCCCCAACAGCGACGGCCUCCAUUGCGUCCAGUCUACUGGCGAAUGCCGUGGCCGCGGGCUCAGGCGGCAGCAGCAGCAGCGGCAGCGGAUUGGUGGUGCCACCGGUGGCAGCCUCCGCCACGGGAGGCACCCGGCGCAGCUCGAUUCCCGUGCUGAUUCCCUCGAGCUUCGGCGGUCCUGGUAGUGCAACCACUGGCGAUGCCACGGCCACAACGGGAGGAACCACCAGCAGCAGUUCCUACACAACCACAUCCAUUAGCGGCAGUGGCUCCUUGGAGUCGCAGACGACGACUCGAGCGCCUCGGCAACGCGGUGGAUUGCGCCAGCACAGCCAGCUGCCCUUCAACAUCUACGCGGAGAUCGAUCUGACCAACGAACAGGAUAGCCAGGGCGCCACGUCAACGGGCUCUGCUCCAAACGAUGGAGCGGAAUCACAGGCACAGCAGCCGCAGCAGCAGCAGCAGCAGCAAAACUCCUCCGCUCCUUCGUUGGCGCAGGGGGCGGUCCUUCAGCAUCAGCGUCAUCCACCGGUGCCGCUCCUGCCGUCCAGUGGAAGGCCUUCGCGACCUCACUCGCGUCUCGACGAGGCGGAGCUGCUUCUGUUGCAGUUGGCCGAUCGCCAGGCUGUUCGCAGUCGCCUGCAAGUGUCCAGCGGUCACACGAAUUCCUCGCGCACCUCGGGAUCGGCGCUGAUCAACGCUCGGCCCAAUCGCGAUCUACCCGCCCGCCUGCAGCGCCUCGUCCAGGCACAUGGCUCCCUUUCCAGUCGCAUCAAUGCAUCCGCCGCCAGCACGCCGGCUCCGACGCUCGUCUCCAUGCCCACGCCCAUGUCCAGUGCGGCGCUGGAGCAGCUGAAUGUCACGCCCGCCGGCCCGGAUGUUGUGGGCCCAGACAGGAACUUUGCAUUGCCACCUUCCCUGGAGGUUGAUGUGGAUGUGCUGCCUGGAAUACUGGAUCGCAUACUGCCGCAGCAGCAGCAGGAGCAGCAGGAAGCGCAGCAGCAGGAGGAGGAGGAGGAACAGCUGUUGCUACCACCGCCACCUCCGCCGCCGCCCAGUGAAACGGCGCCCUUGCUCCUCACCGAGGAGGAUAUGUGGCAAGGGACAAGAGAGGAGGAGGAGGAUUCCACUUCCACAGUGGCAGUUGCCGGCAGCAGCGAGGCUGCAAACGAGUCAAACCAAUCGGAUCAGACGCCGGAGAGCAGCGAAUCUGUUUCCCCGAACCCGCAGGCUCCUCCCCCAGCAGCAGAAUCCGGCGAAGGAGGAGCAGGGGGAGCAGGAGGAGCUGCCUCGGCUAGCACACAAACCCCGGCAACCGCAGAAGAAUCCGCUGUAGGUGGAACAACAGCAACAGCAACAACGACAGCAGCCACCGUAACGGACAUGAGUCCCGAGGUGCGGGCCGCUCUCGGGGAUCUGGAGGUGCCCGAGGGCGUGGAUCCCUCCUUCCUGGCCGCCCUGCCCAGCGAGAUGCGCGAGGAGGUGAUCCAGGAGCAUCUGCGGAUGCAGCGCAUUCGCCAGCGGGCGCAGCAGAAUGCCAUUCAGAUUGCGCACGAUUCGCUCGUCGAGGUGAAUCCCGAGUUCCUCGCCGCCCUGCCGCUGAACAUUCAGUCCGAGGUGCUGAUGCAGCAGCGGAUCGAGCAGCAGCGCCAGGCGGCGCAGACCGCGAAUCCCGAGGAUCCCGUCGACACGGCCGCCUUCUUUCAGAACCUGCCCGAGAAUCUGCGGCAAGCGAUACUCACCGACAUGGAGGAGUCGCAGAUAGCCAGUUUGCCGCCCGAGUUGGCGGCGGAGGCGCAGUUCCUGCGUCGCGACUGGGAGUCCCGCAAUGGCGCCCGCAUGGACGCCCAUCCGCCCAGCAAUGCGUUGUCCCGCUUCCAGACGACGCUGCAGAGCCUGGACGAGGCCCGCUGGCACAGCUCCAUUUGGUACGACGCCAGCGGCAAUGCCCAGCCGCAGCACCACCAGCACACCACGAUUGUGCACCACCAUGCCCACGCACAUCACGCCCCCACGAUGGGCAAACCCCUAGCCCUGCUGAUGAUGGAGGACGAGAACAUCCUGCUCGAUCCGGACUCGCUGGCCACCCUGCUGCUCUUCCUGUUCGUCGAGGAUCAGAAGGUGAACAGCAUGCGGCUGCAUCGUGUGAUUCGCAACCUUUGCCACCACGAACCCACGCGCGAUUGGAUCAUCAGCGCUCUGAUUAGCAUCGUCCAAAAGACCAACGAGGAUAACGCCAACUUUGGAGCUGGACAGGCGGGCGGCAAACCGGAGUGGCUGAAGCUGCGCGUGGACGCCGCCUUUGGCUACAAGAGCAACAUCUUCCUCAUCAAUCGGCUGUACGAGGGCAGUGCGCGGAGCAUCAGCAUCAAUCCGCAGGCCGCACAGAUGAUAGUGCGCAACUGUCUGGAUCUGCUCUUCGUGCUGGCCAAGCACUAUCCGUCCAGCUUUGUGCCCUUCAACCGCGAGGUGAAGGCCAGGCGCAUACUGAGUGCGGUAUUUGGCAUGCCAUCGCCCACGGGUGGUGCUUCUACUGCUGGAGCUGGAGCUCCUGCACGCAAUAUAGAUGACUUUCCACCGCCCGGCGGAACUCUGGACUUUCGCUCGCGUUUCUGCCGCUACCAGGUGGCCAAUCGACUGCGCGGCAUACUCGACGAUCAUCCGGCGGCGGCCCCGAAACCCCAAAGUGCAACUCCCCUGGAUGAGGCACCCUCCACAUCGAAGGCGGCUGCUGCCAAGGCAGCUGCCACGGCUAAGGUUUCGAGUCAGAGCAGUCAGUCGGUGCCGUAUCAAACGAAUGCGAAGAAUUUCUGGGAUGUGGUGCUCAACAUCGAUCGACAGACCCAAGUGCGUUUGGCCAAUGUGGCCCAGUUUCCACUCACCUCGCAGCCAGCUUGGGAAUGGCAAGCGAACAGCGCCGACUUCCUGUCGUUCAGCGAUUCGCCUUUCGGACAGCUGCUGGAAAUGCUGCCCUACAAGGUCAUCUGCCGGUCGCCACAUCUCACCGAUAUGCUGGUCAAGUUGCUCGCCUCGCUGAGCACCGAGUUGCCCAAGGAGGAGGAACAGUUGCCGCUGAGCGAUCAAAUGCCCACCCUGAUACCCAUUAAUCAGGCGGCGGCAGCGGCAGCAGAUUCCCCAGCGAAUCCAUCAGAGAUUGGUGACGGACUGGCCGCAAAUGUGGAGCAGGAAGCCACGCCGGCCAGCGGUAAUCCAGCCUCCGGUGACAGCAAUGCGGCUGCCAAGCGAACACAGCUGCCCACAUUGAGUGUAGCCCUGCCAGUUGCUCCGUCGAAGCCGCGGCGCAAGAUCUACUCGAAGAACUUCUCGCAACUGCAGCUGGUCAUCGAGGUGCUGACCCACCAGUGCGGCACCACCGAGGGCCUGGACAACGUGGCCAAGCUGAUUGUGAAUCUAACGCAGUGCUCGCAGGCAUCCAAUGCGAUUUUCAUUCAGUACCUGACCGCUGCCAUCCUGGGAUUGGCCGAGGAGGUGCGCCAGGCGAUACAGAUGCUGCUGAAUGAGAUACGCAUGUACAACAGUCAUCAUGGAGUGACGGCCUCCACAUCCGGAGCAGCGGCAGCGGGAGCCACCGUUUCAGGAGCCAGUCUGCUGCCUAACCUCGCCGUUCACGAGGGCAUCAUGCAGGAUCGCUUCACCGCCGAGCAUGUCAUCAUUUCGGCGCCGAAGAACGCCAAGCCCACCUGCGAACUCCAGCUGCCGUCGAUGAAGAAGCUUAUGUCCAACUCAUCCGCCCAGCCGUACUUCCUGCGCACCCUGAAGAUCUUCAUGCAGGUGCGCGACAUGUACGAGGCGCAGAAUGGUUUAUCCACGGGCGGUGGUUUGGCUGGAGCAGCUGGCGACAACGAUGACGACAUCAUCGACAUUGAGGGCGAUGGCGGAGCUUCGGGCGGCAGCAGUUCGGAUAUGGCGCCCGGUUCGGCGAGCACAAUAUCUCCGCCGCCGCCGCCACCGAUGGAAACCAAUCAGAACAUUAACGAUGAGGAGGAGGAUGAGGAUGGGGAGGAGGAGGAGGACGAUGAUGAUGCGGCCAGGGCAUCGCCAGCGGCGGCAAGUGCUGGCAAGUCAAGCAAGCCCACGCUCAGCCAGAUCCUCUGCCUCGACGUCCUUUGGCACACGCUCAGCGAAUGCCUGGUGGCGCUGGAGGAGUCCAAGGACGAGUUCGCCGUCCUGGUGCUGCAGCCCACCGUGGAGGCCUUCUUCCUCAUCCACGCCUCGCAUCGCGCGGGGGCUAAGAAGUCGGGUCGCGGCGGAGUUGUGGGCUCCGGACUGCGGGCAGCUGGAGGAUUGGGAGCAGCUGCGUCGGCGGCCCAGGAGCACAGUCCAUCGAUGGACGACACCAGCAGCGCCAAUACCCUUAGUUCGGCCAGUUUCGAAGAUGAGCCGCGAAUGCAGGACGCCUCCACAAACACGCCGCUUUCGAGCAACAGCUCCGCCGCCACCACUGUGCUGAGCGCACACGAGGCGCAGCUGCGACAGGAUCGCCAGAAGUUCCUGCAGUUCGCCGAGAAACACCGCACCGUGCUCAACCAAAUACUGCGCCAGUCGCCCACUCAUCUCUCCGACGGACCCUUCGCCGUUCUCGUCGACCACACGCGCAUCCUGGACUUUGACGUCAAGCGGAAGUACUUCCAGACGGAGCUGGAGCGCCUGGACGAGGGCAUUCGGCGCGAGGAGCACACGGUCAGUGUGCGGCGCGUGACCGUCUUCGAGGAUUCGUUCCGCGUGUUGUACCGCCUGGGACCGGAGGAGUGGAAGAACCGCUUCUACAUUGUCUUCGAGGACGAGGAAGGCCAGGAUGCUGGCGGCCUGCUGCGCGAAUGGUAUGUGAUCAUAUCGCGCGAGAUCUUCAAUCCGAUGUAUGCCUUGUUCUGCGUAUCGCCGGGCGAUCGCGUCACCUACAUGAUCAAUCCCUCCAGCCAUGCCAAUCCGAAUCAUCUGAGCUACUUCAAGUUCGUCGGCCGCGUAAUUGCCAAGGCCGUGCACGAUAACAAGCUGCUGGAGUGCUACUUCACCCGAUCCUUCUACAAGCACAUCCUGGGCAAGCAGGUGAAGCACACGGACAUGGAGUCGCAGGACUACGAGUUCUACAAGGGCCUCGACUAUCUGAUGAAGAACGACAUCUCCACCCUGGGCUACGAGCUGACCUUCUCCACGGAGGUGCAGGAGUUCGGUGUCACCCAGAUCCGUGAUCUCAAGCCAAACGGACGCGACACCGCGGUGACCGAGGAAAACAAGUUCGAGUAUGUGCAGCUGGUGUGCCAGCUGAAGAUGAGCGGCUCCAUUCGACAGCAAUUGGACGCAUUCCUCGAGGGCUUCUACGACAUUAUUCCAAAGCAUUUAAUUUCGAUAUUCAACGAACAGGAACUGGAACUUCUCAUAUCCGGCCUGCCGGAUAUUGACAUUGAAGAUCUAAAGGCGAACACCGAGUACCACAAGUACACCUCCAAAUCGGCCCAGAUUCAAUGGUUCUGGCGUGCAUUGCGCAGCUUCGACCAAGCGGACCGGGCCAAGUUCCUGCAGUUCGUCACUGGCACAUCGAAGGUGCCGCUGCAGGGCUUCGGCUCCCUGGAGGGCAUGAACGGGAUUCAGAAGUUCCAAAUCCAUCGGGACGAUCGGUCCACUGAUCGAUUGCCCUGUGCACACACCUGCUUCAACCAACUGGAUCUUCCGAUGUACAAGUCAUACGACAAACUGCGGAGCUGCUUGCUGAAGGCCAUACACGAGUGCUCCGAGGGCUUUGGCUUCGCCUAAGCGGGAACAUCAGUGGCUUUCGGUCCUCCAGCCUCCAGCGAGGCCAGCCAACCAAGCAGCCAGGAACCCAUGGACGCAACUCUAUUCCUAGUUCGCCCAAUUCACGGGCGACACGACGAGAAAUGCAUAAUUGAUUUGAACAGAACAGAACAGCCACUGCUAAUUUGCGAUAGCGGCAACAGAAACUGCAUACAUACACAGUACAUAUAGUUAUAUAGUAUAUAUAAAAAUGUUGAAUUAAUUAUUAAUUUUCGCGCCUAUAUAUAUACAAUAUAUAUUUUCUUAAAUUUUCAAAAGAAAACGGAAAAAAGUCUAAGGAAACCUACAAAAAAAAAAUAAGAUACAAACGCGAAACAGCAUAUUCGAUUUAAAUUUGUCUGCGUAACUCAUCCCUAUUAUAUAUUUUCUCGGAAUCUAUCCCUGUCGUUUUGCACAUUUUCAUUAAAACAAAAGGAUUUAUAUAAAAAAACAUACACAAUUUGACAUAUUUUUAUUUACCUAAACACGAAACCGAAUAGCAAAGGAUUAAACGUAGUCUAUAGAACGCAAAUGCAAAUGCACAUAAACAGAUUUCUUGUUUACUUAAGUGAAUUUACCGAAGAUGAGACGGGGAGGCAGCGGAAAUAAUUAAAUGGAUUAAAGUAUUUCGAUGUAAGAGAUAAGUCCUUAUGUUAUGCAUUUUAUGUUUACCUUUGGAAUAAUGAGCCGCAGAUGUAACUUAAAGAAUGUGGAAUAAAGUAAGAGUAAGCUCAUUUAUCAAAAUA